AUGACAGCACCACCACCCAUACAAUUAGCUUGCAACUUAAAGCUACCAUAUGAGUUUGAUUUAACACAGUCCAUAUGCGGUGGGAGGCGAAUGUUGCUCAAGCAAAGACCACCAACUUCAGAAUACUGCAUAAUGAUACCUGAGGAAGUAAAUAGGCCCAAUAUGGAGAUUGUGCCUUCUGUGGAUCUUACAAAAGCUUUCACCACUAGCCAAGCUUUUGAAUCCUCCAAAGAUCUUGUUAAUUGGGCCAAAGCUGUAGGUAAAGAGCAUGGCUAUGUUAUUAUUAUUCAGAAGUCGGACUAUGGAUCUGACAAAAGGAGGGCCGUGAUGACACUAGGAUGUGAGCGUGGCGGCAAAUAUAAACCAUCCACAUCGGUGUUAAAGCGAAAUCGGACUGGAACUAAGAAGUGUAAUUGUCCAUUCAGGCUAAGGGCAAGGCGUAGUAAUAAAGAUAAAAUGUGGACGGUGCUUGUGCAUAGUGGGAUCCAUAAUCAUGACACUGCUGAGGUUUUGCAGGGUCACUCAUAUGUUGGCCGUCUAAAUCCAGAGGAAAAAGCGAUGGUGGGAGAAAUGAUUGAAGAAAGGGUCAAGGCCAGUGAUAUUUUGAUUGCUAUAAGGAAACACAACCCAACCAACUUGACUAGAAUUAAACAGAUUUACAAUGAGAAGCAAGCAUACAACAGGUUGAAGAGGGGAUCGUUGACCGAGAUGCAACACUUGAUGAAGUUGUUGGAAGAACACAAAUACGCACAUUGGUCCAGGGUGCAGGAUGGUACUGAUGUGGUCAGAUCUUUGUUUUGGGCACACCCUGAUUCCAUUCACUUAUUCAAUGAGUUUCCUCAUGUUGUGAUUCUGGAUAGUACAUACAAGACCAAUAGGUACAGGAUCCCUUUACUUGAGAUGGUGGGGGUUACGUCGACAAAUUUGACAUACUCAAUUGCUUUUGCGUACAUGCAGAAUGAGCAAAAGGAUGAGGUUGUUUGGGCUGUGAAUAGAUUAAAAGACUUGAUCAUUAAUGAGGACAAUCUGCCGAAGGUCUUUGUUACAGACAAAGACCAAGUUUUGAUGGAAGCAUUGGAAACUGUUUUUCCCGCAGCUCGCUGUCUUCUAUAUGGAAUCGAUUGA